AUGGUAUGGAUUCAACAACGGCGAUGGAACAAGUUAUUCAAGCAUCGGAGCUUUACAAAGAAGCACAUCCGUAACUCAAGAGUAGCAAAGAAGAAGAGAGAGUUUAUGGCAAUCAUGAUGAUGGAUUCUAGUCUUUAUCUAAUGAGUGUUGGAAUUCACAAGGACGACGAUGACAACAACAACGUUGAAUCAUCUAUAGAGCGGAAAGGUAAAUUGAUUAGCCUAAACGAUGUAGAUGGAGUCAGUAUAUCUAGAGUCUUCCACUGUAGUGGUUUGUUAUUAUGCAUCACCAAAGGAUUAUUAUCAGAGGCUUGUGGUUUGGAAUCCUCGUUGUGGACAAACAAGGUGGAUUGAACAUAGAGAUUCUUCUGACCAAAGAAAGGACAACUAUGCUAUCGGAUACCAGACGAAGAACAAAUCGCAUCGAAUUCACAAGAUUUUGAGAUAUUUUGAUGUUCAAGACAAGAGUGUAAGGAUUCCAUAUAGUGCGUUUCAAAUCUACAAUCUCGACUCUAACUCAUGGGAGGUAGUUCAUAAAACACCUCGCUGGAAUCUACCUUUUUCAUCAACGUGGCGGCGUGUCUCUCAAGGGGAAUACUUACUGGUUUGUUCAAAGUAAAAAUCUAGGAGGUUAUUGUUUUUUACUUUGUUUUGCUUUUACAACGGAGAGAUUUGGACAGGCUCUGAGUAUGCCUAUUUACCCUGUUGCUGAAGAUACUGUGAGUCUAUCUAGUGUCAGAGAUGAGCAGCUUGCAGUGUUAUUUCAGCGGCGUGGUUCAUCACAUAUGGAGAUAUGGAUUACGGAGGAGAUUGAGCCUAGAGAGGUGUGUUGGAGGAGCAAAUUGUUCGUAGCGGUGAAUAUAAAUCCACUUACUUGUUUUCAAUUCCAUGGGAGUUUCUUUGUUGACGAGGGGAAGAAAGUCGCGGUGAUUUUUGGUAGAGACAUGGAUGAACAUGACCACGUUCGCUACGCAGCGUAUGUCGUCACUGGAAAGGAUGGGUACUUGAAAAAAGUGGAUCUUGGAGAAUCUACAUUUGAACGUGGUUCCCCACUUAUGUGCUCUUCUUAUGUUCCAAGCUCAGUGCAAAUCAAGUAAACCGCACCAAGAGAUUUGAUUAAUUUACAAAGCCUACUCUCUUACGUUUUAGUUUUGUCAUCUUUGCCAUUCUUUGGUCAUUAAUUUGUAAGUCAAGACCAUUAAU